UAGCUUGUUGAAAAUUAACUUUUAAAAACUUAAAAGUUCAAUUUUCAACUUGACAUAAUACUAUACUUGUAAUUACUUAUUUGGCGGCUUUUUACGAGGCUUUUCCCUUAACCAUACUAUAAUGGAAGACGGUGACUUUGAUCAAAGGCUACGGGAUCUACAAAGGGAAUAUCUGGAAUUUCUUGAUGAUGAGGAAGAUCAAGGUAUAUAUAUGAAUAGAGUGAAACAAAUGAUAAGUGAAAAGUGCAAGCGUCUUAUUGUUAAUAUAAAUGAUUUGAGGAGAAAAAAUCCUGAUAGGGCUAAAAACUUGUUGGACAAUGCAUUUGAAGAACAAAUAGCAUUCCAGCGAGCUUUGAAAGAAUAUGUAUCAUCUAUAGACCCAACAUAUGCUAAGGACCAGGAAGAGUUUUUUGUUGCCUUUUCAGGGAGCUUUGGUACAAAACAUGUUACGCCACGGAGUUUAACUUCUAGGUAUCUGGGUAAUUUAAUAUGUGUGGAAGGAAUUGUCACAAGAGUGUCAUUGGUACGGCCAAAGGUAGUUCGUAGUGUCCAUUAUUGCCCAGCUACAAAAAAGGUUAUGGAAAGGAAGUACACUGAUCUGACAUCAUUUGAAGCCUUCCCCACAACGGCUGUGUAUCCUACUAAGGAUGAUGAAGGCAACCCUCUCGAAACAGAGUAUGGUCUGUCACGGUAUAAAGACCAUCAAACAUUGACAGUCCAGGAAAUGCCUGAGAAGGCACCGGCCGGGCAGCUUCCCAGGAGUGUGGAUAUAGUGUGCGAUGAUGAUCUUGUAGAUAAGUGUAAACCCGGGGACAGAGUGCAGAUAGUGGGCAAUUACCGAUGCUUGCCAUCAAAGCAAGGAAGUUUUACUGCGGGUACUUUUAGAACAAUACUAAUAGCUAACAACAUAACCCAAAUCAAUAAAGACAUGAAUCUCAAUGUUUCUUUGGAGGAUAUCAAACUAUGCAAGCGGCUCGCUAAGAGGACCAAUUCUGACAUCUUUGAGCUCUUGAGUAAAUCAUUGGCACCAUCUAUACACGGUCACGAAUACAUCAAAAUGGCUAUUCUGUGUCAGCUACUCGGUGGGAUGGAGAAGAUCUUGCCCAAUGGCACAAGACUGAGAGGGGACAUCAACAUCUUGCUCAUUGGAGACCCGUCGGUGGCCAAGUCGCAGCUGCUGCGCUACGUACUGUCGACGGCUCCGCGCGCCAUCACCACCACGGGCCGCGGCUCGUCGGGCGUGGGGCUGACGGCCGCCGUGACCACGGAUCCCGACACGGGAGACCGACGCCUCGAGGCCGGCGCCAUGGUGCUGGCGGACCGCGGCGUCGUGUGCAUCGACGAGUUCGACAAGAUGUCGGACGUGGACCGCACGGCCAUCCACGAGGUCAUGGAGCAAGGCCGCGUCACCAUCGCCAAGGCUGGCGUGCACGCGUCGCUCAACGCGCGCUGCGCCGUUCUGGCGGCCGCCAACCCCGUCUACGGCCGCUACGACCGCUACAAGACACCCAUGGAGAACAUCGGCCUGCAGGAUUCGCUGCUGUCGCGUUUCGACCUGCUCUUCGUCAUGCUCGACGUCUCCGACGCCGACCACGACGACGCCAUCUCCGAGCACGUGCUGCGCAUGCACCGAUACAGAAAUCCGAAGGAGCGGGACGGCGAAGUGCUGCCGAUGGGCUGCAGCGUCGAUAUGUUGUCGACGGAGAAUCCCGACGACGAAGAUGCGGAGGAAGCGGCGGACACCAUAUACGAAAAGUACGACCCGCUCCUCCACGGCAAGAGCCGGAACAAGAAGGACCAAAUCUUCAGCACCAAGUUCAUGCGGAAGUACAUCCACAUCGCGAAGCUCAUCAAGCCCAAACUGACGCAGGAAGCCUCCGACGCCAUCGCCGACGAGUACGCCAAGCUGAGGAACCGGGACGAAUCGGAGACCGACGUGGCCAGGACGCAGCCCGUGACGGCCCGAACCCUGGAGACGCUGAUCCGCCUGGCCACGGCCCACGCCAAGUGCCGGCUCAGCUCUCUCGUGUCGGAGCGCGACGCCCUGGCCGCCAUUCACCUGGUGCACUUCGCCUACUUCAAAAGGGUGCUCGCAAAGGAGAAGCGGCGCAAGCGUCGAGCGUCCUCCGCCGAGGGGGCGGACGACGGCGGCGACGCCGACCGACGGCCGAAGCCCAAACGGACGAGGAAAACGCAGCAGGACCGCGACGGCGCCGAUCCGUACGAGUUCUCGUCGGACGAGGAGGCGCAGCCCAUCCUGCGAGCCGCCAGGAGCGGUCUCCCGGAGCCCGCCGCGCCGCCCGCGCCCGCCUUCGAGCUGGACGUCGCCAGGCUGAGCCUCUUCAAAGCCGCGCUGCAACAGCUGUUCCGGGACGAGCGCGCCAACUCCCUUCCUCUGGAGCGCAUCGUGCGCCACCUGGACGAGAAGCACCCGAGCGCGCCUUUCGAUCGGGCCGAGGUGGCCGCCGCUCUCACGGCGAUGACUCACGACAACCAGGUCAUGAUGGCGGACGACAUCGUGUUUCUCAUUUGAUCUUUUUCAAUGUCGAAUCUGUUAUCGACUUGAUCUCGGCGAACGAGAUGUCCGUUAUGUUGUGAGGCCAAGUCUGAACUAUCAUUUCGAAGUUAUUGCCUUUUUAAUACUAGAGAUCUUCUCCAGUUUUUGAUCAAUAUUGCUGAAUUGUAAAGGGAGCGUUCAAGUAUUACGUAACGCAAUUUUUAAAGAUUUUAGAGGUUUUCCCCCCAUUACGUUUUUCUGUAUCCCCCCUCCCCUCCCUUAACGUUACGUAACAUUAAAGACACAAUCAUGUUAAACAAAGUAAUAUCUUUAUUAAGUAAACUUAGGAAAGCAAAAAUAAAAGUAACGUACAAUACAAUAAAGGGAUUCCCGUACAAGUUAAACGAAAAGGGUUGCCAAUUAAUGCCCCAGUUUUUUAUUAAAAUAAAAAAUGUUACGUAACGCGUUGUUUAAAUACUGUAACGUUUUAAUUUAAGACUCCCCCCUCCCCCCAAAUUGCGUUACGUAAUACUUGAACGCUCCCAAAGGUUUAAUUAGAACUUUCAUAUUUUGUUAAUCUUUAAUGUUAUCAAUGAACGAUCAAUCUACACGAAUAGAAUAAGGUAUCAUGUUUAUAAUAUUUUUUAAUAAAUAAAAUAAAAAGUACAUA